AUGUCGCAUCUCCCCGAAAACUUAAUAACGCCGCACUUGACGGGCGCAUCGUGGAAUCCAGCCAUGAGGCCAGAGGACGCGCCGGACGCAUCGGCAGCCGAGUCGAUCUCAGUGCCUGCAACGAAACCGCCAUCACAAACAGACGAAACAUCUGCUGAUCAUGUAAUGGAAGAGAAUACCGUGCCGGAAGUUCUUUCUCGACCACUAGACGAGCCUAACGUCGCACCUGCUUCGACCGAUGAACAUCUCGAAUCUCCCGCUACAUCAAAGGAAAUUACGGAUAAACUGCCCAAAGAAAACAAGCCGUUCGACAUCAACUGGGGCGAGGAAACAGAAGGCGCUACCUGGGAUGUUCACAGUCAGAACCCUUUCGAAAGAGAGGAUGUAGCCGCUCGAACGAAUUCCUUUCCUCCGAUAGAGACCGCUGCGGAACCCGUUGAUGAAGAGGUUUCUACAGAMCCCGCCGUGCCGCAAACUUAUGAGGAUUCACAAAUUGGACAACAAGAAGACCCAUUUCUCGCCUCACAACCGGACGCGAGUCAGAAUAAUAGUAAUAAUUCCUGGGAGGCAGAAGCCGCGGAGGACGAAGACGGAUUUUUUGACCAACUGAAAACACAAACCAAACCAAUCUAUGUACCACCAGAAGCCGAGUCACGGUAUGAAGAAGGUAUUCCCCUAGUUGAGAAUGAAGUGGACUUUCAGGCAGAUGAGGCAGACAAGGCUGAGCCUCAACUUGAUGUGUUCGGAGACGAUGAUGCGGACGAUUUCUUUGCAUCGACAGCUACGAAAGAUGCUUCGACGUUUGAGAAACCAGCCAUUCUUCGUAAGAGUACGUACGACGUUCUCGGUUCGCUUGACAACGGUAUCCCCGAUUCUCCUGUGGCAGACUCUCCUGCUGCUUUUCAAACGCAAGAAGACGACGAUCUUGCGGCGAGAUGGCAAGCAGAAUUGGACGAUGUAGAAGAGGUUCCUGGUGCUGAAGAGCCGAAAGAAGAGGAAGAUCUCGCAGCGAGGUGGGAAGCUGAAUUGGAUGAUGACGACGAUGAUCUUCUGUUAGAGGAUAAUACCUUAAAUGAGGCACAAGAGCUACCGGAAGAGCCCUCGUUUUUCGGUGGAGACUCAGCAGGCGAUGCUUGGUCAACUCAGCUACCUACACCUUCGAACUACGCCAAUCCAUAUGCUCCGCAUCAGCCCUCGUCAUCCGAGCUUUUCCAAAGCUUGCCUACAAUUCCCCCCCCUGGAGCUAUGACUGCGACGCCAUUCGGAAUACCCCAGGCCCAACCUCUGAAUGAGGCCUCAAGAGCAUCUAGCUUUGUGGACCAAGCGAAGGAUGGAUACAAGUCGCCCUACGACCUUCCUGACUCAUUGGCACCGCGCCCACGACGAGCAGUAGCAACAACCCGCAAGACUGCACCACCACCACCUUCAUCGACCGGGAUGCCCCCUCCCCCUCCUCGAAGCAGUAGCAUUCCGACGUCCGUUUCGACUCCUGCUGUCGGCUCUAUGCCUCCUCCAAUCGCUGAAAAUGACAUUCCCGGAUCUGUGCGCGGCACUGUUCCUGUAGCUCAGAACUUUUUUGAAGAGCUACCUGCCCCAGCUCCGAGACAACGCCCCGCAAGUCGCACCAGUGUUUAUAACCCUUCUGCGCCGGCAGUAUCGAACGCCCCGGUCGCCGUCCCCGUUCCAACCGAGUCAAUGUUACCGCCAGCAGUACCUUCUUCGUCUCUACCACCAUCGCAAAUAGCUCCAGAAGUCGCAUAUCAGAAUCAGCUUCAGUCUCCCGAGCGCAUUGGUCCGUAUGCUAACCUCACCGUACCAACGGCCUCGGCCGGACCGGGCGUUGGUCCUCGGUAUUCGCCAAAGCCACCAAGUACGACGGGCAAAUCACCAUUGUCCGCUCGCUAUUCACCAGCACCGCCAUCAUCUCAGCCGCCAGUGAAUGGGAGAAAUCGUUAUGUGUCUCAGCCCAAUAACCUUGCGUUUCUGCCACGCACAUCAAGCCCGCUUGCCCAUCACGAAAAGGCGGCGUAUGAGGCACAGCAACCGCAACAGAGACCAUCUACUUCAUCCGGGUCGUCCUCUCUAUCAUAUCCUGUUGCAUCUAAUCACACUCGGGGAUCGUUCUCUGUGCCUGCCAAUGAGUUGGCUAGCGACGUAGUUCCACAGUUGCCUUCGGAGACUCAAGCAGCACCUCCUUUCAGCCCGCCGGCAAACCCAUAUGCUCCCGUUUUGCCUAGCGAAUCAUCUCGACGCCCUUCCACCGAAUCACCUUAUCUACCAAACGGAGGUCCUAUCCAAUCCAACAUUUUACCGCCUCAAGCAAACGACCUUGGAUUCCCGCCCCCACGAAGAUCACAGACACAAUCACCAGGUAGACAGUCAUUUGGACCACAAUUAGUUAGAACAUCAAAAGAGCCGGUUCAACGACCUGCUUCUGUGCAUGCACCUAGUUCGCCGACCAAGGCCGUGAAUUCUUACGCUAUUCCGCAAGUCACAUCGAGUGUUCGAGAUGUCCCGGAGCUGAACUUCAUACCGCCCACCGACGGAAGAGAGUUGGAUCCUUUGCAACGUUGGAAAGGAGCCCCAGUAUUCAAGUUUGCAUUUGGUGGUCUAGUAUCUUCGUGUUUCCCUCAACAUGUUCCGCGGUAUAUUGCUGGUCAGAUGAGUCCUAUGAUUCAACCUGCGCCUGGUGAGCCUCAAGUACGCCAGGUCAAACAGAUUCUUCCUUCCGACGGAGAUAUUGUACGGUAUCCUGGGCCUCUUAAGACGAAGUCAAAGAAGAAGGACGUUGUGGCGUGGUUAUCUAGUCGAAUUGCUGCUCUAGAGAACGAGGGCGUUCCGUCUUCACUAUACCAAGAACCCGAUGCUUUCAGGAGGCACGAUGAGAAGAUACUCUUAUGGAAACUUUUGCGGAUACUGGUUGAGAACGAUGGCGUCUUGGAAGGAACUGUCGAUAUCGAAAAGUCGAUCAGAAGUGUUAUAUCGCCCGAGCUGGAAUCGACAGAACAGAGUGUUGAUUACGAUUCUAGAGCUACGUCAGGGUCGUAUCAACCUACCGAUGGCUCUGUAUCACCGGAACCCGUUUCGUCCAAGGUUUUGGGACAGAUCAAGACUAAUUUACUCAGUGGAAACCGCGACAAGGCAGUUUGGCUAGCAGUGGAUAACCGGUUGUGGGGCCAUGCGAUGAUCAUGUCCUCGAGCCUAGACAAGGCGCUUUGGAAGCAGGUGGUUCAAGAAUUUGUGAGAAGAGAGGUUCGAUCAACUGGUGAAAACAUUGAAUCAUUGGCUGCUUUGUACGCAGUAGUCUCUGGAAACACCGAAGAAAGUAUUGACGAGCUCGUGCCUCCGUCUGCGAGGCUCGGAUUGCAGAUGGUCAGCAAAGAGGGCCAGGGUAUUAACAAGAAUGCCGUGGAUGGCUUGGAAAGAUGGCGCGAGACUUUAGGACUGAUUAUCAACAACCGCAGUCCUGACGACCAUCAAGCGCUCUGUGCCAUGGGCCAGUUGUUAGGCUCGUAUGGUCGGACAGAAGCUGCACAUGUUUGUUAUUUGUUCGCUAAGGCAUUCUCGCAGCGAUCAAUCUUUGGCGCAGCCGAUGACCCACAAGCUUCUAUUGUCCUCUUGGGCGCGAAUCACUUUAAUUUCCCUACUACAUUUUUCCGAGACGAAGAUGCCAUCGCUCUUACCGAAGUGUACGAAUUCGCAACGUCGGUCUUGACAGGAACCACGGCAGCUGUAUUGCCAUAUUUCCAGUCAUACAAGUUGCAGCAUGCUUAUAUACUCGCGGAUAAGGGCUUGAAGAGUGAGGCCAUGCAAUAUUGCGAGGCUAUUGGCAGCGUGCUCAAAGCUUCUACCAAGCCCUCUCCUUACUACCAUCAGCGUCUAUUCGCCGAGAUCGAUGAACUUGCAACACGACUCAAACAAGCUCCUGGUGACGGCUCCUCCUCAUGGAUGUCCAAACCCAGCAUGGAGAAGGUAUCGGGUUCCAUGUGGGCGAGAUUUAGUAGCUUUGUAGCUGGAGAUGAAAGUGAUGCGGCUAGUAAUGGUUCGAACAUAGACGCGGAUGUUGGACCUUUUGCAAAGGUCACUGAGGCCGCUACUAUCAGCCGACCUCCAUCGGUCUCUGAGGUGUACGGGUCAUACCCGAUGGCUCAACCGGCAACCAAUGCGUUCUCUCGAUAUGCACCUGCCAAUCAGUUCGCUCCAAGUUCCUCUCCUGAACAAUACCGCGCACGGACUUCGAUGGAUUCUCAAAGGUCACCUUCCAUUGGCGUCACAUAUAAUGCAAGACGAGGCUCACAAGAGCCCGCCACACCAGUGGAAUCUAGUCCAUACAAUUUCGGAGCCAACGCAUAUGGCUCACCGACUUCGUUCCCAUACCAUUCAACUCCGCCACAGUCUUCUUACAUGCCACUUGCCCCUGUUGAAGAGGAUCUAGCUCCACAGGCACAACAAGCUUAUGCUGCUCCUCAACAGUCAGCUUUGACCAGUGGACUGCAGGCGUCGCCGGAGAGAUUUGGCCAGCCCCUUCACGAAGUCAAGGAGACAGCACCGGCUGAAAUCCCUCACUAUGGUGGCUAUGAGCCACCUGCUAUGUCUUCUUACGAACCGCCUUCAUACCAGCCGGAUUUGGGCAUGUCCACUGAUGGUCCUGGACAGGAAGAUGAAGCAGACGAAGCCGAGAAGCCCAAGAAGAAAUCCUUUAUGGACGAUGACGACGAGGAUGACCUGGCUGCUCGAGCAGCAGCAGUCCAACAGGCUGAAAAGGCUCGUCGUGACCGAGAAGCGGAUGACGCAGUUCGAAAAGCCGCCGAAGCAGAUGCACAACGACCUGCAGCAGCUAAGAAAGGCUGGUUCGGCGGCUGGUGGGGCGGCAAGAAAGAAGGCGAAGCCACCGGCGGACCUAUUCGCGCCAAAUUGGGUGAAGAAAACUCCUUCUACUACGACCCGGAGCUCAAGAAAUGGAUCAACAAGAAAGMCCCCAACAGCGCAACUGCAUCUGCGCGAGCCACGCCGCCACCUCCCAGGGGUCCUGGCCCUCAAAGUCGAUCCGUCAGCGUGGGUAGUGCAUCUUCUGGUCCGCCCAUGCUCCAACGACCACCGUCCAUAUCACAACUGGGCACGACUCCAGAUAGUCGCCCAUCUACCGGCGCCGGUGCAUCAUCAUUGGGCACAAGCCCAGCUGUAGGAUUUGCACCGAACGGACUCCCGCCUCGUUCUGUAUCUACUACCGCUGCCACAGCCGCUGGUUCGUCACCAGCAGCAAGCGGUCCAAGUCUAGGACCGGCAAUGCAACCACCCCUACCACGACCAUCGACAACAUCUCUCAGCAACGCCAGCUCCAUUGAUGAUCUCCUUGGGGCGCCCACGGCACGCAAAGGCGGUACCGUCAAGAGCAAGAAGAAGGGGCGCGGAUACGUGGAUGUCAUGGCGAAAUGA